UUAAUUAUACUUUUGGUACAAAAGAAGCACAACCCGAAGAAGAUCCAUCUGUAGCAGCUCGUUUACAACGUCUACAAAAUGACUAUGAGGCCACUGGUAUGCGAAGAACGGUAGAGGGAGUUUUGGUGGUUCAUGAACAUAAUCACCCUCAUGUAUUAAUGUUACAAAUAGCAAAUUCUUUUUUUAAACUCCCUGGUGAUUAUUUGAAACCUGGAGAGGAUGAGAUUGAAGGAUUAAAAGCUAGAUUGAAUGAACGUUUGGAACCAGUGAAUCCAUCCACCGUUGAAGAUUGGCAAAUUGGAGAAUGUUUAAGUGUAUGGUGGCGACCGAAUUUUGAGACCUUUAUGGUAAUAUUUGAAAAAGAGAGAAAAAAGAGAAAGAAAAUUAUUAUAUUUUAA